AGAGACACCUAAGUUCCUAACAUCCGACAGUUGACAUGGGCGCAACGUUCUCUUCAAUUGAAUUUGUGAUGGCGACAAACAUAUACUUUCUAUUCGUAGACACAUAGGGUGAGACACCUGUAUAGUGUCACAAUCUGUAGCUGUGUGUGUAAAGUGGUGAACGUGUUGUGAAUAACCAUACCGUAUCUACAGGUAUUGUCUUCAUAUCAUCCACCCAACCAGUGAUGAGAACCCAAUAAAUAAUUCAGAGGUGUGGCAUUUGUAACCGCGAUUAAAACCUGGUAACGGCGCCGCUGUUUUGUACACGUUUCCGCAUGGUGAACUUCGGCAUUAUCUCUGCACGUAAUUACUGAAAUGAACAACGCUGGGAACCCGAUAUGACCUGACACGCACAAAGGGUGUUAUUCGAGGUUGUUGAGUGUCGUGUUAAAACGCAGCCGCAGGCUUCGUGACUUACACGUCUUGUUCGCCCAGGAGAUGAGAGUACAAAUGUAACUGAGCUGUUAUAAGUCAGUAUCAUUACACCACGACUAUGACAAGCGGGCUCCCAGUCGCGGGGCCUGUCAGAAGCCCCGCCGCCUCACCUCUCCCUCGGGUACGGAGGAAAGGGAGAAAGGGAACGAGUGACAGAGACAACGAAGAAUUCCCAGGGCCAGGGAAAGAUCUCCUGUCACCGCGAAGUGUUAGUGAAACUCCUGUUCUACAUAGAAGAAACAAAUCAAUGGGGAAGAGGAAGACCCGUCCAGGAGAGAUUCAGGUACAUAAUUCCUGGCCACCGAGUGCAAGUCCCCUACGACCAUCCCUUGUGGACCUCAAUGCGAUCAGCCAGUUAAGCGUAGGCGCCAAACCUCUUCCACCCAUCCAAAAGAAAGCGUCUAACGGGCUCGGGCCUGUUACUGAAUACGAGGUGGAGAAAGGUGUUAAACCCACAUUUGAAGACCUUCCUAGUUUACAGUUGUAUCCUAACGGCAUUAAGAAGCGUUCGUUUUACGGAGCAGGGGUUGGUGGACACGCCAUGCAAGCUGACAAAGCUCGCCCGAAGGACAGCCAAGGAAACCGAAGCUAUGCAAAACAAGCCUACACUGACGUGUUUGACCAAAGUAGUCCUAAAAGAAACAAAACUGCUCAGGACACUGCCAACGAUACUGGACAAUUAGCAGUAGGUAGGUCAGAAGACGGCUCUUCAAAAGGGAUGUCACAGAAUAAUCGCAGAAACGCAGUUUCACGAGAACGUCACAUCCAAACUAGGCCGACAGAAGCCAAACAAGAGGAAAUCAUUUCUAUCGAUAACAAUAACGGCGUACUUGGUCAGAACAACAUGGCUACCGCCCCAACAGGAGCGUCAUGGAAGGUAGGUCAACAGGGUAUGACGUAG